GAACUCUAGGAGCCCUGUGCCUUUAGCCCAGCAGCCCUUCACAGUUCACAGCUGCUUGGAUCACCCAUGAAACGCUUCUGCAUCGGCUGGAAGCAGCCUAUGUUCUAGAAUCUCGUCCCCUAUCAUGUCCUCCUGAUUCUAGAAUCCUACUGCUAUCCUGAGACUGUGCUCUAGAACUAGAGGAGUUGGCUGCUUUUUCUGGGAGGGGUCUGCUCGCUCCAACUCUGCCGUCUGCCUGGAGUCUGUGCGACUGCCAGGAUGCGGUGGCGGGACCGCCUAGCCGUGCUCUUCUUCCCACAAGGCAGGAUUCUCACCGUAGCCGCGAUGAUGCUCUUCUUCAUACACCUCAUCAUCUUCGCCAGUGACGUACACAACUUCUGCGUCACCUACCACUACGACCGCAUGAGCUUCCACUACACAGUGGUCCUGAUGUUCUCCCAGGUGAUCGGCAUCUGCUGGGCUGCCAUGGGGUCCCUCUAUGCUGAGAUGACAGGAGACAAAUUUCUUCGAUGCUUUUCCCUGACCAUCCUGAUGCUCAACGGAGCCAUGUUCUUCAACCGCCUGUCCCUGGAGUUUCUGGCCAUCCAGUACCGAGAAGAGAACCACUGAGGCCUGGGGCCCGGGCUGAGAAGGGGAAGGAAAAGGCUGCUUCGGGCAUUUUAAUAAAGUCUAUCAUUUAUUUCCA